CCGAGGCACGUAGAGGAGUCCGUAUUGUUCCAUGCUGCUGAACCUUCACAGUAUCUUGCAUGUGCAAUGGACGAUCAAGGUUCUUCUACACUUACUAAGCUAAUUCUUAAUAAUUUUAUAGUACAGAAAAGACCUCUGGCACGACAAGGAAAGGAUCAUGUGAUCAAGAAGCUCAUAAGGCAGGCCAAGAAGUUACGUGAAAAGAAGACUGAAGAUGAUAAACAAAAAGAGAAAUUUCAGCAUAAGGCUGAGAGGCUUGUAGAAGAAGUAAUGGCCCUUAAGCCCAUGCGUCCUGAUGAUGUGAUAAAGUUUGUCCUCUUGAAUAAGAAGUCAUUUUCUUCAGUCUGCAAAAAUCCAAAAGCAAAGAUGGAGGAAAGAGCUCUGUGUCGUCUUGCAGAGCAUAAAGGUAUUAGCACUGCCAUCAGUAAAUUACGUGAGCAGUAUCCAAACUGGAAUGAAGAGGUUCCACUUAUUAUAAAGGGCCUGGGUAUUCUUCAUCGAGAAAAGAAGCUUAAGAAACUAAAGAUGAAGGGCCAGUUGGAGAGAUAUCUGGAGAAAGAGCGGCAAAGUCUCCAACGUCUGCAAGAACUGACGGACAUUGAUAUUGACCCACGAAUCCUCCAGGGAGUAGAUCCUGCAGGCAAGACGGGGGGAAAGAAGAAGGCCAGCAGCAGAAGUAGGAAGAGGAAGAGAGAGAUGAACUUGAAUCUUAAGUCAGAAGAUGAAGGAGUGAUAAAAAGAAAGGGAGUGACAAAAACAAACAAGAUACAAAAGACAAAUCAAGGGAAGAAGAAGGAUAUAAGAGACAGUAGGAGUGAUCUAGGGGAGAGCAUGGGUGACAUGGAAGAUGGAACUGGAGACAAUGAUGAAAGUGUAAGUGUAGAAAUGAAAAGGCAAAUUAGAACAGAAAGUACUCUGGACGACAGUGAUCAGUGUAACGAGGAAGAAAGCGAUGACGAGGAGAAAGAGCCAGCAUUGGGUGGAGAUAGUAGUGGUGGUGAGGAUGAAACUUCAGAUUUUGUCGUUGGUGCAUCAGGGAAGAAGCUUAAAGAAGAGAAGGGUAAUGAUUCUGACAGUAAUGAAGAAAGCAUCAGUGAAGGAGAAGAAUCUGAACACGCCAACUCUGAUAGCGAUUGUAGUGAAGAAGAGAUGCGGAAAGUGUCAAUGAAGAAGAAACUUAUAAAUGCAAAAUAUCCUACUGUUAAAAAGAUUCCCAAAACCUCAGGGACUGCAGAAGUGAAGCGGUUGGACCUAACAAACAUGACAGGAACAAUUGAUAAAAAGAUUCAGAAACCCUCAAGGACUUCAGAAGUGAAGCAGUUGGAUCUAACAAACAUGACAGGAACAAUUGAUAAAAAGACUCAGAAACCCUCAAGGACUUCAGAAGUGAAGCAGUUGGAUCUAACAAAUAUUAAUGGAAUAAUUGAAGGAAGUGAAGCUCAAGCCAUGUCUGAUUCUGAGGAUGAGGAGAACUUAUUUAGCAAGACAAAACCCAAGAAUGUGAAAAAAAAGAAAAGAAGUGAUUUCUUCCUUGGAUCGGGAAGAGGUGGUGAUGGUGGAGAAUCAGCUGAAGGAGAUUGGGGAUCAGAAGGGGAAGGUGAUGAGGAGUCUGAGGACAGUGGCAUCAUAGACACCAGCAAAUUCUUCAAGAAAAAUUUAUUCAGGAAAGACGAUGGUACGAGAGACACUGAGAGGGGACGAGGUGGAAGUAGAGGAUGGGGGAGCGACAGAAGUAGAAGAGGAGGCUUUGGAGAUAAAAGAGGAAGCUUUGGAGAUAAGAGAGGAGGCUUUGGAGAUAAAAGAGGAGGCUUUGGAGACAGAAGUGAAGACUCAGAAUACAGAAGAGGGGGCUUUAGAGACAAAAGAGGAGGCUUUGGAGACAGAAGUGGAGGCUUUGGAGUUAAAAGAGGAGGCUUUGGAGACAGAAGAGGAGGAUUUGGAGAUAAAAGAGGAAGCUUUGGAGACAGAAGAGGAGGCUUUAGAGACAGAAGUGAAGACUCAGAAGACAGAAAAGGAGGUCCAGGGGACAAAGGUGAAGACUCGGGAGACAGUAGAGGAGGUCAUGGAGACAGAAGAGGAGGUCGUGGUGACAGAAGAGGAAGCUUUGGAGACCGAAGAGGAGGUCGUGGAGGCUCAUUUACACAGUUCCCAUGGAAAGGUAAUCCUAACAUGAUUCCUCUGGCAAGCAAAGAUGAUGGUCCUGCAGCACCAUUGACAGGUGGAACAUCGUCAACAGACAACAUGCAGAAUAUCCACCCAUCGUGGCAGGCUAAAUUACGUCAGUCAUCUUCCAUCACCCAGUUCCAGGGGGGACAUAUUGUUUUCAAUGAAGAUGAUUAAAUCCAUAAAUUUCCUCCUAAUGGUAAAUAGUUUCAAGUUGUUAUUGUAACUGAUAUGUUUGUUAGAAUUUUGUGAACACGGGAGAUAUUCCCUAGAUAGCUAUGACAUACAGUACAGUAUUUUGCAGGUUUAUAAGCUACUUUGCCAAGGUGUAUUUAUAGAAAAACUUGUACAGUAUAUUACUGUAUAUAUAAAUAAUUAAAGUAGCUUUGUGAAAUCAUUUUAUUAUUAAAAGCAUCGGUUGGCAGUAUCUUUUGGUAUUAAAAUUUUUCUAAACAAUAUAAUUUUACCAAAAUAGCAAGGAUUUUUAUCAUACUGUACUUAUUACUAUAUGUACAGGUAUAUUACAUAUGAGAUUGUAUAUCCAGCACUGUUGGUUCAAUUGGACACAACAGUAACAUGCCUAAUAAUUUACAAAGAUGGUUUUACAAUGAGUCAUGACCUCAUACAUUAAAAAUACUUCACAUAUGAACUGGAGUCAUCAAGUAAAAUUUGCAUCUCCAUUCAUUACACAUUUUCACGCACAAGCUGUUCUCACUACACAAUCACAGAAAUAUUGGUGCUAACACCCUUAAUGUAUCCAUAGACUCCAGGCUUCUAAUAAAGUUUAUUUGUGUAUCUAAGAACACAAAUGUGAAGCAAAUGUACAGGGAGAUUUAGGUGACAGCUACCUCCAUUGGCUGGUAGUGUUAAUGACAUGCAUUUUCUGAUAGAGAAAUCAACCGAUUUUGCUAAUCUUUCAAACUAUCAUAAUGUGUACAAUGUACCUGAACAAUAAUUUUGACUAAUGUGCCUACAACUGGUAGUCACAACUCUGUUCUGCCCUGUUAAACCACACAUACACUUGUCAUUGUCAUCUCUCAUAGACUCUUAUCCACAUCACUGCCAUUACUCACUCCUGUGCAUCAGUUGCACCCAAAGAUCAAGGAGGAACAAAUUAUGUUAAAAAAAAUAAUAGAAAGUUUAAUGCACACACAAAACAGCUGCAAGCAUGUACAAUACUGUACAGUUCCCCAUCCUCCCUUAGAUAUAGUAUAACAAGGUUAUUGCUUUCCUCUCCACAAGAGAGAUUGGCACAUCAGAAAGUUUAUAUGAAGUUGAGUUUUCAUCAGUACUUGGGAACCAAUAUUGUGUCUUUAAUGGGGAAUGAUUUGUGUUGUUUUACAACAGUCCUUUCUUAACUCGAGUACAAACUACACUAAUAGAUAUCAUAUCAUUUUACCCAUGCCUUUCUUUUUUCUGUACAGUAUAUUAGUGUCUUCCCUUUGCACCUCCUUCCUUACAAAUAGUCAUCAUAGACAUUUACCCCCAGUGUUAUCUUUUACUUUAGGGUUACAAGUAGUCAGAAAUAUAUAAUGGGACCGACUGUGUCUUUCCUAACAGAUACCAGCUCAUGUUUUUUGUAUUAUUGUACUGUAUAUUGAAUCAUGGGAUAAAACAGACUGAAGGACCACCAGCUAAAAUAACCAGGUCUUGUCAGGCGUCUUCUUUAAAACUGUGUGUGUGAUGUGUUUACUGUGUUGUCCCAUCUGUAGUACUGGGAAGAAUUUCAUACAGCCUGUUGUGUGAAGAUAAUUUUACAUUUUAUUACAAUAUGAUUGAUUAUUAACAUACAAAACUUAUGUAAAGUAAGGCCUGUUUCUAAGUAUAGCACCAGAUAAAGAAAAGUUAAAAAAAAAAUUCGUAUCUCUGAACAGCACAGUACUAAUUAGUUAAGAACUAUAAAUUCAAGGAAUAACAUUCAAUUAGUCUUUCAAAAUUCCAACAGUCUAUAAAAAUAACAAAUCAUUCACCUGUGACUACAUUCCUAAUGAGACUACUUUGGAGAACAGAUCCCUGACUUGAUCAAUAACAUCAAGGUGUAGAAUGAUUACUGUAGAUUACUAAAUGGCCAGUGAUUGACCCAUCAUUUACCAUGAGUUCCAGCCACUUCCAGCAGCCUUAACAGCCAUCACAAGUCUUGUGGUUGCUUAGUGGGUCAUGCCAAUAUAUCAGCAAAGUGCAUGCCAUUUCUCUUUUCAACAUAUAUUAAAUGCAGAAGAGAAAAAAUCGAGCAAUGAGUUCAUUGGCAUCACGUGACAUCUCAAGUCCAACCAAUCAACUUUUAUGUACAGUACUGAGAGAUGCUAAGGUUCCCAAAUGUUUGGCUGAGCUUGGUUGAUGGAUCAAUGAAACAGGCUCCCAGUCUCAGACAGUUCAAUUACUGAAUGAGUUCUGUAUUUAACCUAAGUAAGAAUCAUGAAAAGUUUCUAAAUGUUAAAUAUCAAGUUCCUCUGAUAAAGUUUUCAGCUUGGCAUCGAGGCCGCCCUUUUCCAUCUCUGGCUCGUGCUUUAGGAUCUCUGAGGCUUCUUGCAGAUGCUUCACAGCUUCUGUCAUGUAGUCCUGGAAAAUAAAAAUGGUGUGAUAUUUU